AUGCUUAAGAAAAGAGGUCCUGAAUUAACUGCACCUUUUUACAGAAAAUUAAUCGACUUGGUCUGCUCUGAAAUUGGGAUUUCUGAAACCCCUCUGGACUAUUUCCAUUUUAUGUGUAUAGGACUUCUAAAUUAUCAUAUUUCGAAGUUGAGUCAUCAUGUUGAUUCUUAAUUCCAAAAUCCCUAUCACUUUCGAUGGCAAAAUGUAGAACUCCCAGUCAACUAUUUUUAUUCUGGCAAUUGUAAAAGAGAGAAUAUGCUGUGUAUUAUAAAGAUGGUAUAUUUCCUAUUGAGUUAGGCCUAUUUCUUUAUCCUUACAUCUAUAGGCUUGAUAGUUUUUAUUGACGCUUGGAGAAAUUAACUGCUCCAAUAACAAAAUUUAUUUCCAUUUGAAAAGUAUUAUUAAAUUCCGAUUAAAUAGAACUUGUCAGUUCCGGAUUCCACACACUUUCGGAGAUUGAAACAGCUGGAAAGAGAGUGCAUGCUAAAUUUGUAUUUCACCCCACCACUUCAGGCAUUCAGAGUAUCACGGGUUAGGCCUGAAAGAUUAAAUUUGUACUGGAGUUGAGGCUUACUAUUGGCACUAGACUCUUUUAGAGAUUUCUAAUUUGUAUAAGGGUCAUAUUUUAAGAUUUCUAUUAAUUUAGAACACUCAAUGGAUG